AACCGGUCACCCCAUCUGUUCUUCGUGCGAACCAUAGCCGACAGCCACCGAGUACUCAAAGCGUUACCGAUCUCCCCCUCUGAGUCUUUGGCCAGUCACACUACCUAAUCCUCUUCUCAUCGCACCACGCGGACACAUGGAAGCCAACCAGGGCGUCCUCCUGUCGAGCAACCUGGUCGGCGGCGCCAAGGGCUCCGCGGCGUGGCCGGAGCUGCUCGGCUCCGCCCACUGGGACGGCCUCCUCGACCCGCUCGACCUUACGCUCCGCCGCCUCAUCCUGCUCUGCGGCGACCUCUGCCAGGUCACCUACGACUCCUUCAACUCUGACGUCCACUCUAUGUACUGCGGUAGCUGCCGCUACUCCAAGUCCACGCUCUUCAGCCGCACCAUGUUCCCGGCCGCCGCCGACGUCUCCGUGGCGGCCUACCUGUACGCGACCUCCGUGGCCUCAUUCCCGGGGGGCAUCAUGGUGUUCUCGCUCUCCCGCGAGGCGUGGAGCAAGGAGUCCAACUGGAUAGGCUACGUCGCCGUGUCGACCGACGCCGCUGCGGCUGCCACGGGCCGGCGCGUCAUCUACGUCGCGUGGCGCGGCACCAUCCGGACGCUCGAGUGGGUCGACGUGCUCAAGCCAGAGCUCGUCUCUCCCGACGCCAUCCUGCCGGAGGGGGACCCGGCCCACGGCCACGCGCGCGUGAUGAAGGGUUGGUACCUCGUAUACACCUCCAGCGACGAGCGGUCGCCCUUCUCCAAGUACAGCGCGCGCGACCAGCUGCACGCCGCGGUGCGCGAGCUGGUGGCCAAGUACAAGAACGAGAACCUCAGCAUCGUGUGCACGGGCCACAGCCUAGGCGCGUCGCUGGCCACGCUCUGCGCGUUCGACAUCGCGGUGAACGGCGUGUCCAAGGUCGGCGGCGCCGACAUCCCCGUCACGGCCAUCGUGUUCGGGAGCCCCCAGAUUGGGAACCCGGAAUUCAAGAAGCGGUUCGACGAGCUGCCCAACCUGCGCGCGCUGCACGUCAGGAACAAACCCGACGUGAUCCCGCUGUACCCGAGCGGCUUCCUCGGGUACGCCAACGUCGGUGACCUCCUGGUCGUGGACUCCAAGAAGUCGCCGUACGUGAAGGACAACUCCACCAACAUCGGGGACUACCACAACCUGCAGGGCAUCCUGCACACGGUGGCCGGCUGGAACGGGGAGGACGGCGAGUUCAAGCUCCAGGUGCACCGGAGCGUGGCGCUGGUGAACAAGUCGUCCGCGUUUCUCAAGGACGAGAACCUCGUGCCAGAGUCGUGGUGGGUGGAGAAGAACAAGGGGAUGGUUAUCGGAGAAACUGGGCUGUGGCAGCUCCAGCCGCCUGUCGAUGAGAACCUGCCCGUCCCACCGGUCGUGACCGGGAUGGUCAUGGAUGACGAUGUCGCUGUCAGUAAAGAGCCUAAGAUACCGGCGGAGGAAAAGAAGAAGAAGGGGGCCGGGACUAAGCUUUUCUCUGCAUGCUUAAGAGGGGUGAAUUAGUUUGUUCAUAAGUUUUUCAUAAGUGAAUGAUUGAAUUAUCUUGUUAGUUAACUUUGCUGUUGUGUUAUUAUUGGAUUGUGAAAGGGUGCAGCGACGAUGAUGGCGUAAUAGUGGUUAAGGUUCUCAUACUAGAGAACGUACUUUGUGAUGCUUGUGUAGUUUAUGUGGUGAAAUAAUUCAAAUGGCCCCAGCCAUUCCCUUUGGCAAUUGUCUCGUA